GUGUUCUAGAACCUACUCUACUAAGGUGGGAGUUUUCCCUUCCUCCAUCCUCCCCACCCCUCCAGUCCUGGCAAGCAGUAAGACUGGAAAUGUUUGUUGAAGAGUUGGGUAAGCGAAAACCCUUGGUCAGUGCAGAAACACUGAUGUCUGUACAUUUCACACCCAGUGCCUGGGCAUCUGGUCUGAGAAGUGGAAGCCCUUCCUCUGCAGGGAGAAGGCAAGCAGAAGCAGAGGAUGGGGGGCUGGCCAAACCCAGACUUUCCAAGCUGUGUUGGUGAAGGAGCUUUUCACCAGCUCCAGGGAGGGGGGAAUUUGGGUUUUGAAUGAAGCUACAAGUGGAGACUCAGACAGAAAACUUGGCCUUAGCAGUGACAGAGGUGGUGUUGACCAAUUUCUGGAUCUUUCAGCCUUGUUGGGACAGGGAUUUGGGGCUGAGCUGCUGUAAUCCAGUGUGUACUGAGCUCAGCACACUCUGUUCAGCCCCACCUGGAUGACGGCCAUUUGAUACAUUGUUUAAUGCUGGCCAUUUACCCUUGUGUGCAGGACAAAGGCGGGAGGGCUCCUCAGAGGAGACCACAAGGCUGUGGGUCAGGGGCCACCUACUGUUCCCCAACCUUGGAGACCCCUCUCCAGCCCAUUUUCUUCUCUCAAACGGAGAUAACCUGGAUAAGGCUGUAGAUUCAGUGAUCACUAGGCAACAGCUUAGUAAAGGGCCGCGCACAUAGUAGGUUAUCAAGAAAGAUGUCUGCCUUUUAUGGAUAUGGAGCAGAUAGCCAGCGCAAUGCGGUGACUCGCCCAAGGUCACACAGAUGGGGUCAGACCCGACCCAAGGCGGCCUGACUCCAGUGCGCUGGGUUUGUCUGGAGCCAGCUUGGGGGAACGGUGCUGGAGGAGCGGACGCGGACGUGGGCGGUAAGGGACUUCUAUUUUGGAGCGGGUGAGAGGAGUGCGGGACGCGGAGGGGGCUGGGUCCCUCCCCGGGCUCCCUGCGCCCCAGUCACCUUCCCGCAACCCUUCCCGAGGGGCAUCCCGGGUGGGUAGAGGGGGAGGUAGGAGGGGCUGGCGGGCGGUUACCUCAUCUCCGCCUCCGGGAGGCUCCGCGCUCGCUCGUGCCGCUGGCUGGAGCGACAAUUCAGGGCGCCGGAGAGAGAGACAGAAGGACGGAGGGACGGAGGCUCCGAGAGGCAGCGCCGUCCCCGCGCCCUGCUCCGCUGCGGGACCCGCGCGGCCAGGAGGUCGGAACUCGGUGCUCCGGCUGCGGGAGGAGCCUCCAGUCGCGCUGCGGGUCGGAGGCUGCGGUGUCUGCGCGGCGAGCGGGGUCUCUUCUCUCCGGAGCUUCGGCACCUGCCGGAGCUGCUCGUGCGUCCUCCGUCGGCCAGCGUGACUAUCUGCCCUCCCGCCCCUCGCCGCGUCCUCUGGCCUGGCCUCUCCAGGUCCCGGGUGCUCGGGGGGAGGGGGCCGAUGAGGAGCAUGGGGUCUGGGCGCACGGGGCUGGGCACGCGGAGUGCACAGCGCGGCGCUGGCCCAUGAGGUUUUCCAGCGCAGGGCGCGGCAGCGCGCGCGGGCCAUGGGGGGCAGCCUGAGGGUUGCCGUGCUGGGCGCCCCUGGCGUAGGCAAGACGGCCAUCAUCCGCCAGUUCCUGUUCGGUGACUACCCGGAACGCCACCGGCCCACGGACGGGCCACGCCUCUACCGGCCCGCGGUGCUCCUCGACGGCGCGGUCUACGACCUGAGCAUCCGGGACGGCGACGGCGCUCCCCCGAAUCAGAACCCCGGGGGGACAGAGGAGUGGCCGGACCCCAAGGACUGGAGCUUGCAGGACACGGACGCCUUCGUGCUCGUCUACGACAUCUGCAGCCCGGAUAGUUUCGACUACGUAAAGGCGCUACGGCAGCGCAUCUCAGAGACCAGGCCGGCAGGCGCACCUGAGGCGCCCAUCCUCGUGGUAGGCAACAAGCGGGACCGGCAGCGGCUGCGCUUCGGGCCUCGGCGCGCGCUGGCUGCCCUGGUGCGCAGGGGCUGGCGCUGCGGCUACCUCGAGUGUUCCGCCAAGUACAACUGGCACGUGCUGCGUCUCUUCCGCGAGCUGCUGCGUUGCGCUUUGGUGCGUGCGCGUCCCGCGCACCCGGCCUUGCGCCUGCAGGGGGCGCUGCAUCCGGCGCGCUGCAGCCUCAUGUGACCGAAUUGGACUACAACGCCGCCGAUGGUGGGGGGAGGGUCCCAGUUUGGUGAACAACUGAGUACCUGGAUUGGACGAAAUUGCCCAACUUCUCUCGGAUUGGACAAGACAAAGUCUCCUCUCUGAUUGGAUGGGAAAACCUCCCACCCAGUCUCCUGGGCGACAAGACUCUUCUUUGUGCCUCUUUGGACCCAACCAGGCCCCAAGCUACAUUGGGCAAGAUCAGUCCUUUCUUGGACCUCAUUGGGUUACAAUCCCAUUGGAUGAAAGGGACUUGCUAUGAAUCUGAUUGGAAGCUCUCAGGUAGCUCCUGGGGGCUUUGGUGGUCAAUCUUAAAUCGCACCUCUCAGGAGGUAAUAAAGGAAGAAACAAUGCAAGCAUACAA